AUGUCGUCUAAGUUUCUAGUCGACAAGGUUUGGAGAAAUGAACACGAGCAAUAUCGUGCUAGAUUCGCGAGAAUGGGAGUCGGGUUGUUGUUCGCUUCCGGUUCGUCGCUAAGUUCUUGGUUAGUGGAGACCCGGAGAUUGAAGUUAAUCGGGAAGGAAGAGGAUCCCAUGACAAUCCUAUGGCUAGCUCCUCAAUAUGCCUUGUUAGGGAUCGCCAACGGGCUAAUUGAGAAGGGGCUGACUGAUUUCUUCUAUGACCGAGUACCGGUUUCCAUUGCAGUUGCCACCUUCCUUGCACGAGGCUGGAUCGCCGACGAAAUUGACGACCGUCGUUUCGACAAGUACUUGAAGAUGCUAGCCUUUUUUAACAUUGCCGUUGUGCCUGUUUACCUCUUUUUCUCAUUUACGUUCGAUUGGAGCAUACCGGAGAAGGUUGACGGGAGAGAGAGUGAGACAGAGGAUGUUGACGGGCGAGAGAUUGAAAUUAAAGGGUGA